AUGGAGAUGUGGAAGUAUAAAUAGGAGGGAUGAAGCCAGCAGAGAUCAGAUUCUCUCUACAGAGACCUCUACAACACAGAGAUCCAGACAUGGCACCUACAACCACUGCAGCAAUGACCAACUCUCAGGAACAUCUCACUCUGACACACAAGCUCAGAAAGCCUCUGGUGGAGAAGUUACGCAGAGAGCGAAUCAACAGCAGCAUUGAGCAGCUCAAGUCUCUCCUGGGUCCAGAGUUCCUCAAACAGCAGCCAGGCUCCAAGCUGGAGAAAGCAGACAUCCUGGAGAUGACAGUUUACUUCUUGAGACGACUGCAGCAGCAGCAGCAGCAGCAGCAGCAUCAAGCUGUGGACUCUGUUGAUCAGGGCUACUCCAGGUGUGUCCAACAGGUGGUGCACUUCUUGUCCAAGGAGGAGGUGAAGACUCAGUCCCAGAGAAGACUGAUGGAACACUUCAACAAGCUGCAGUCUUCCUCUGAGAAGAAGAAGCUGAGAGAGGCUGACUUCUCUCCUCUGAGCUCCACAGUCCAGACCAGCAUCACCAAAGACAAGAGUCCAGUCAACAGCUUCCUCUGGAGGCCGUGGUAGACACCUACAGCCUGGAUUU